GCCAAAGACUCCGCCAUUUGCUUGAGAACUGACUUGGAAAUGAGUCCCAUACAGCUCAAUGGAACUUACUUCCAGGUAAGUGUUUCUAGGAUUAGGACAGGUGUUGAGGAAUGUGUGGCCCUCCAGAUGUUGUUGAACUCCAGCUCCCAUCAGCCCCAGCCAGUCAUGUCCAAUAGUUGGGGAUGGGGGCCCUGAAGAAAGUACCUUAAAAAGGAGCUGAAGUUUCUAUGAUACCAUUUCCCACACUUUAAAAAGCAUUCAGGGGUUCAAACCAUGUGGACUAGUAGCAAUCAGAACAGGGAAGGCUCCCACCCUCCACUUAAAAGUAGUUGUAGGUUUUGGGUGAUUUCAACUCUGAAACAGCCAGCAUGCUUUCACUCACUGUAGCAACAUCUGUAAUAAUAAUAAUAAUAAUAAUAAUAAUAAUAAUAAUAUCCUGUACACAGCCAGAGAUAGCAAAAGGGAUUCUACAAAAGAAAAGGUCCGGACGCUGUGUUUAAAGAUGAAGAAAAAAGCUGUGUCAGAAAUUGGCAAUCUGUUGAGUCACAACUGCAAUUCCCACCCUUAAAUUGGCUUCUAGCCAAUGGAUGAACCAUCAUUUCCCUCUGCAACCCACUCCCCCCCUUACUUUGGACGGAAGAAAAAAGAAAAAAAACCCACAUACAAACUGUUGUAAUUUAUGAUCUCAUCAAACGACUGCCUGCUUGCGUCUUUUGUACUUCAGCAAAAUUGGAGGGGGGGCCAAGGAAGGCUAUAAAAAAAAUUACCUUGCUUCAGCCAAUCAGCAGAAGCCAAAAACAGCUGUUAAAAGGAGCUGGAUGCUUGAACGAGCAACUAUAGCGCAAUUUAAUAAAGGAGGAGAGAUUAAUACACACAUAUAAAUAUAUAUAUCACAUACACACAUUUUCUCUCUCUUGCGCUCUUUCAAACUCAAAAAGUUCCCAAGGAUUCUUAGACAGACGCGAAGAAAAGAGAAAACGCCAACUGGAAUUGACAUCGAUUUCUUGUGGUUUCUUUUCCUUUUCCCUCCUCUUCCACCGGCUUUUCAUUCAAGCUCCUUUAUUCAGAAGGAAGGAAGCCCCCUUUUUGAAGAGAGAGGUAUAUUUAUAUAUUUGUAUUUCUUUAAAAAUUUGGAACAAAAGGAAAGGAAAACCUCAGCUCCAUCCUGUUGCACAGGCUUCCAGAUCGCUGCCGGGUUUUUUGUUUUAAAGAAGAGUGUGUGUGCUGAAAAGAAGACAGCUCAAAAAGACUUGGCAUUGAGGUGGGGAAAGAGAGAGAGAGAGAGAGAAAGAGAAACCCCACAAUUCUGGGAAAGGGACUUCUUGAUGGUCCAUUUUUAAGAAAUUUAAAUAGGCAGUGAGGGACUUCAUGCUGGGGUGUGUGAGGUGGUGACUGGAGGUGGAUUUCAAAACCCAAAGGAGAGUGGAUGAUGCUCCUUGCUUAGGUGCUGUGAGCCACAGAUAGGACAGAAGGAGCGACCUCAAUUGCCUCCAUUGACUGCUCACAUCCUUUGUGUGCAUCAGCCGAGUUGUUGAUUUGUGUUUGUUUUUAUUUUUGCUAAUCUUAGGGGCUCCUCUUUUUCCUUAAAAGAAUCUUCUCCCUCAAAGAUCACCAAGCUUUGCCCUUUCUCCCCGCAAGGUUGCUUUUAGCAAAAAAAAAGUUCCAAAUGUUUCUUCUUUGGUUUAUCACCUGCUGCCACCUGGUCCUCGCUGUGGACGAACGGGCCCGUUUUGGCCAGUAUCAAGAAGAAAUCAUUUUCCCCGAGAGACUCAAUGCCACAUUCCAUCCUGCGGGUUGGGAUGAGGGCGACAUGCUAGACAACGGCCUGGGUAGCAGCGGCAGCUCGGAUGUGCGGCUCUCCUACCGCCUUCGCGUGUUCGGUGAAGAACUGGUCCUAAAUUUAGAGAAAGACCCCAGCUUCGUCGCAGAGGGCUUGACGGUCCAGUAUUUGGGCAGGUCGGGACAAGCAGUGGACGGCUUGGCUGAGCAAGGGACCUACUUCACCGGCACAGUGAACUCUGACCCGGAAUCAAUUGCGGCAGUCAACUACGAUGGGGCAUCGCUGCUGGGGGUGCUUCAGUACCGUGGCACCGAGUACCACGUGCAGCCCCUGGAAGGGGGAGCCCCAAACACGGCAGGAGGAGCCGGCGCCCACGUGGUGAGGAAGAAGAUGCCAGAGAAAACGGACGGGCCAAUGUGCGGUGUCGGGUCCCAGGUGCCAGAGAGCAUGACAGCCCCUGCAGGCAAACCAUUGCCCAAGGGCGAAGCAUCUCCCAGGAGAGCAAAGGUAAGAGCGGGAGCAUGCUGGGAUGGGGGGAUGCGGCUGCCAAAAACACUUACCGGGAAUACUUUGCACACGCCAUUUAGUUCCACGUUGCGCUCAGGGCCAGCUUUUGAGUCCUUGUUUUAGCAUUUCUGUCUUGCUCUUAAAGGAAGCUGCAUGAUACAAGGUCAGACCACUUGUCCAUCUAGUUCAGUGUUGUCCACAAUGGCUGGUGGUAGCUCUCCGGGGUUUCAGGCAUGAGAUAUGAACAGCCUGACCUGAAGGACAUCGCGAUUGAACCUGGGUCCCUCUACAUCCAUUUUGGUUAGGCCCUUCUCCCCACCCAAAAGGUUCUUUGGAAGUUCCCGGUGGGAAUGUUCUCAACUGCCCACUAUGUCCCCAUUUUCCUGGGAGCCCGUAGCAGUAUCAGGUAUCUAACAGACAUUUGGUGCUCACUUCUGUGUUAAUUGCUUCCGGGUGGGAAAUCCAUUUGCAACCCAGUUAACCCAGGUAAUUGUGGGGCUUUUGCACUUUCCGCAGUUUUUGUACUUUCCGCAGUUUUCAUGCAUCAUGCCACCGCCAUUCACAUGAAUUUGGGGCGGUAUUCCGGCAUACAGUUUGUUUCUGUCAUUUCCAUUGGCGAAUCAUGGGGGAACAGAGGCACGCAUGCGCCUAAAGGCUGGCGAUGUGUCCAGUGAUAGGUCAGGUCACACCACGCCCACUUGUGUGAAUGAAAUUUAGUACGGCAUGAUGAGAUGCCAAUAUGAAAGCCACUGUUCCAUAAUGCAACAGGCAAUGCAGUGGAAAAGGAACUUUGGGAACCAGAACAGAAGCGCUUGCAUUAUAGCCAGGCAAACUACCGCAAUAAACUCCAUGUCUGAAUGCCCCUUUAGUUGGACCCAAGAGAGGUGUUUACUGCUGUUGCUGCUUCUCCUGACAAGCUUGGAGAAAGCAAGUGAACAGAUGGCAACGGUGAGGAGGAGGAGCAGAGCCAGGAGGCUCUGGAGUAUCAAAAGUAGGGCCCCUUUUGGGAUGUGGGGCCACAGUAAAUGCCCAGUGGGGUUGAUCCCUGACACUGGCUGUGUACAGGGACUCUUGAGCCAAUGGCGCCUGGUCUUGCCAGACAAGUUAUGAAUUGUUCCUAUUUCCUUAUUGUGGUUCAACCUUCCCCGACCUCAUGCCUUCCAAAUGUCACUGGACACUAAACUCCCAUCAGCCUCAGCCAGCAUGGCUAUUGCUCAGGCAUGAUGGGAGCUGAAGUCCAAAAGCAUCUACAGGGGGUUAGGGAAGGCUGUCAUUGUCAACAACACUGGCCUGGUGAAUCCAUCAAAGAUAUUGAUUCCUGGCAGGAUCACAAACACAGCAAAGUGUCAUUAGUAAGAACCAUAGAUACUAGGCAAAACUGCAUACAGAGAUAUGAACAUUAGGGGAGAUUUACACUAAAGUGUUGAUGAAUUUUCGUGAGGACUUCCCUCCCCAGCCACCACCAGAAAAAAUAUGCAAACUGAUGUGAAAAUGCAGAAAGCCAAAUGUAUGUAAAGUUGGAAAAAUGGGACAUUGAGAGAUGUUGAAACUGACAGAUUGGCCCAUCCCUAUCUAUACUGCACCUAGCACACUGUUUCUGCCCAGCCCCAUUGUUAACAAAGAAGUCUUAUUUUUCAUGUUUUCAUUUUGUUUGGGUCACAUUUUCUAAAGGCAUGUUAAUUAUGAUAUCUCUGUCACUCCCACUCAGUGGCAGGCAGGUGGUGGGGGAUCUGGUUGCAGUGUCUGCAUCCUUCAGAUUCUUCCUUGGGGCCAAGUCUGAGAGAUAAUAAUGGAACAGAGUGAAGCAGGGAACGCCCAGCCCCCAGACAGCAAUUCUACACUUGCACCCACCACCCACCACAACCCUCCCCUCCUCUGACUGCUCUUUGCCCUGGCUGUGAGGUGUCAUCAGUUGGGGUUGGGAAAGAGACAAGAAAAGUCUUGGCAAAGCUGUAGAAAGCCAUUGGGGAGGCUGGGGAGAGAAAGCAGCUCCAUGCAGAUGCAAGCCAUGGCCUCCCUGGUCUGGGUGCCAUCUUGGAACAGCUGCCAAGAUGUCUUGAGAAAGCAGGCCAGUGGUUAGAGGAAGGGAGGCUGAACGCAAAGGAGGACAGUGAGGGCUCCUGUCAUAAGAACGCAGGAAGUUGCCUCAUGCCAAGUCAGAGGACUGAUCCAUUUAGCUUAGCAGCUACCAGUGGCUCUCCAAGGUUUCUCACAGCCCUAGCUGGACAUGGUGGCUCUCCCUGGGAUUGGCUAUGGCGCCACCUACUGUUGGCCUCCUUGCCUUCUGUCCUGCUAUUCCCAAUGGUCACCAAGAACCCGUGCUGGCAGCUAUGCAAAUAAUUUAUCGUGUGCAUUUUUGUGUGCAAAUCUACAUCAUCAUCUUCUUUCUUUUUGGGGGUGGGGGUGGUUUUCCUCUUCCUUUCGAGAUGCACAGUUGGCCCCUUAAGUCUGAUUGAGGCUCUACCUUUGCACACCAGCUUAAGCUCAUUCAGUGCCACCAGCCAACCUGAACACAUCUCUACUGUCGGGAUGGAAAUCUGCCUAGCAACUGUUGGGUGUUCAGGAUGCUUGUAAGAAAGUUCGCUUUCAAAGAGAAAGGGAGAGGCUCCUGGCAGUGGCUGGUGCCCAUUGGGACCAGCAGGGCAGAAGAGAAGGAGGCUAACAGCAGGUGGCGCCGCAGCCAGCGGCAGGCAGAGCCAAGUGACUCUAGUUUUGAACCUAUCCUCUUCCCUGUUGAGUUCUGCAAAGCCAACAAUGAGACUAAAAAGGAGGAAGCCGACCCCACUGGCCCUCUCCUGCUUUGGUCCCGCCUCUAGUCCUGGAGGUAAUAUAUAGCCGUGGCUGGUGACCCAUUGGGAUUGUCAGGGUGGAAGGUUGUGGAUUUCAGUGAGAGCCAUCCCACCUCCCAUCGCCCUGUGAUUUGAACAGUGGAUGAUACACACCAGCCCUUGAAGCAAGAGGAGAGCUCCUCUAGGCAUGUGCAGAAUUGCUCUUCCUCCGUACCGCUGAGUAAGCUAGCACAAGUUUAAAGUUUAGGAGAGAGCGAGAGAGAGCUUUCAGAUCUCAAAAAGAAUGUGGCAGAGAGCAUAAGAAAAGCUCUGCUGGAUCAGGCCAGAGGCCCAUCUAUUUGCCAUCCUGUUCUCACAGUGGCCAACCAGAUGCCUCUCUGGGAAGCCCACAAGCAAGUCCUGAGUUUUCAACAACCCCCUCCAUGAAGCAGAGGUAGUGUUUUAUUAUUUAUUUCAAUCAUUUACAGACCACUUAAUUACAAUAGUCUCUAAGCAUUUGUUCCAGAACCUCGGCACAAUAAAAACGAGUUAAAGCUAUAAAAUCAGAAUUCCUUUGAAAUGCCUGCUAGAAUAAAAGUCUGGCCUCAGCUGGAAGGGAGUUCCAUAAAACUGGGUCCUCAAUACUGAACACACAGCUCCUAAUGGAUAAGAGCCAUUUAUAUUAUAAGUAAUAUAUUUCUUAAAAGCACUAGACUCCACUGUGCCUCAAUCUUCCCAGAGGAAGCAAUAACCCUGGGUAAGCGCCUGGAACCCCUGGAAUCUCACACCACUCUUGGAGAUUGGGGUGGUGUAUAACACUGUGCCUCUGAGAGAAGGGGGGGGGCUCUGAAAGUGACUACCCCAAAUACCUCUAUGACUGGGCAGGGAUAUAAGGAAUGAGGUAUCCUUGGCUCAAGUUGUCGCCAAUUAAGCCUUGGCAAUGAAUACCAGAACCUUGAACCUGACCCUGACAGAGCAAGAGCAACUAGCACAAGCUUUUGAGCACCAGUGAAAGUCUGUCCCCAUCAAAUCUGACAUCAACCCCGUUCGUAUUUUGUCACCCCAACCCUUCACCUCUGGGUCUUCCUGACGCAUGUAAUGCAGCAAAGCCGUGGCAAGCUCUGACCUCACACGGUGGCGGAGAUGUCUCAGCACCGCACAGGCCCCAAGAGACCUCGCCUCCUACUUAGCGGAAGGCAGGCACUGGUGCCUGGUCUCCUGCUGCACCGAAGGAGUCGAGGCUUGAGGCUCUGAGCCAACAGCAGAGACAGCCCUCAAAGUCUCCCUCCUUCCCUCCCUCAGGAAUUUUGUCCAGCAGCCAGUCAAGAAAGCUACCCCACAAGCUCUCCGCUACUCAUCUUCUUCCACGCUGCCUGGCUGGAGACAUCAAGGCAUUCAGGCACAUAUCUUGUUUAUUUGCUCAAAUGGGGCCUGACAGAUUAAUCAACAGAAGUUGAUUAAUCCAUCCAUCAAAACUGUUGGGCCUUGUCGCCUAAGCUCCCUGACCAUCUCCAGCUAAAGAACUGUUUCCCCACCAAAACUGCUUAGUUUCAAAUUCCCCAAGCCCUAAAUCCUUUUUGGUGUCAGAUAUUUUACUUGCCACACAUCCUUUGCAUGCAAUCAUUUCAAUAAAAUCUAUUUGAUUUUAAAAGGUUGUUUUUUUAAAGUGUUCCCUGCCCUGCCUGUUAUUAACAGGAAUCUAGGAAGCAGCCUAGUAUAGACCAGUAUUGUCCACACCGACUGGCAGCAGCUCUCAAGAAUCUCAGGCAGAGAAGAGUCUUUCCCAUCACUUUCUGUGGCAGGGUUGGGGAAUCUAAUACCAGGGGGCAAAUGUGGCCCUUGGGUCUCUCCACAGGCCGCAGCCCAUCUCACAAACCAUAUCCUCAAGUGCUUUUGGCUGGCUGAAUGUGUCCUUGAAAUGUGAUAAUACUUCUUGGCUGGAAGGAAGAUGGAGAAAUCUCUUUCUGUGUGUAGCUUAGAGGUAGAACGACUGCUUUGCUUGCAGAAGGUCACUGGUUCAAUCCCCAGCAUCUCCAGAUACAGGACCCUGGAAAGCAACUGCCAAUCAGUGUAGACAAUACCGAGAUAGAUGGACAAAUGGUCUGGCUCAGUACAAGACAGCUCCCUAUGUUCCUGCAUUUUGCAUGGCUGGAAUGGAACCUACCAUACAAAGAUAAGAGUCAGAUCCAUUGCUUCACUCACUUCUGCAUCUGCCUGCACCCAGCCCUGGUAUGUGGCCCCUGGAAGAUCACUCUGGAGGAAAUGCAGCCCCCAGGCAGAAAAUUAGGUUUUCUGUAGUGUACUUCUAACAUGAAACAGCGGGGAAGUUCCUGCAUUCAAAGCAGGUGCUCUGCCAUUGAACUACUUCUUCAAAUAUGGCUAGUAGACUUGUACCUGACGCUGCUCAGGAAUUCUAAGAAACAGAAAAACCAGCGCAGUCUUAAAAUCAGUGCUUAAAAUCAGCAUAGUUUUGAAAGGUUCGUUCUGCCAUCUUGAUUCAAAAUGGUGUCCAAUUGUAUCCAAAGACAGACAAAAACCUGCUCCUCAACCUCAGGAACCGCCACGAAAAAAUCGGUUAAAAUCAGUGCAGUUUUGAAUGGAACAGUCUGCCAUCUUGAUUCAAAAUGGCACCCAAAUGUCUCCAAAGAUAAGACAAACACCUGCUCCUCAAUUUCAGGAACUGCCACGCAAAAACUUCCUGUGGUAUCGUAAGAGGUGUCCAAAUGCAUAGACAACAAACAGCUUCUCAAAAUAUAUAGCAGAUAACAUUAAUUAAAUUGAUGGAUCUGUCAUUUCAUGUAUCCCCACCCAGUGUUCUGUCCCUGCCUAGGCACUUAGGGCAAAGCUUGCUCCCCCAUGGUGUGUGUGUGGGGCAGAAUGAGGUUCACUCACCCUCUUUCCAACUCACCUCUCUUCAUCCCUUCUGUUCCCUGCAGCGGUUUGCUUCCAUCCCACGCUAUGUGGAGACUCUGGUGGUGGCUGAUGAAGAGAUGGCGCAUUUCCACGGCGCAGGCCUCAAGCGUUACCUCCUCACCAUCAUGGCAGCGGCCGCCAAGUUCUUCCGACACCCCAGCCUGAAGAAUCCAGUCAACUUGGUCGUGACCAGGCUGGUUGUGAUUGGACAAUCCGAGGACGGGUUGCGGGUGUCUUCCAACGCUGCAGAGACACUGCGGAAAUUCUGCACGUGGCAGAAAGGCCUCAACAAGGAGAGUGACGAGGAUCCUGAGCAUUUCGACACGGCCAUUCUCUUCACUAGAGAGGUAAGUGAACUGCUGCCAGGUAUCCCCCUAUAUGCUGCGCAGAGAACUCGCACAACUAAAAUUCUGCACCAAGGAAAGUGGCCAAAUUCUGCAUAAAUUCUGCAAAUUGGUCACACUGGCAUUUAGCGAUAGGCUUCUUACUUUCCUAAUCUGCGAAAUGUUCCAGGGAUUGCAGCAAAAUACAGGUUUGGUUUCCUUUGGGUGAAAGAGAGCCCCCAGAGGCUUAAGGGGUAUUUGCAAUAAGUAGCUAGUUGAGAGCCAGAGGGUAGAUAAGACUGGGACCAGGAAGUUCUGGGUUCAAAUUCCCUAUUCAGCCAUGAAGCUCACAAAAAAAACCCAAGGACAGAUGAUAGAUAUAGAUAGAUCAAUAGAUAGAUAGAUGAUAGAUGAUAGAUAGAUAGAUAGAUAGAUAGAUAGAUAGAUAGAUAGAUGAUAUAGACAGAUAUAGAUAGAUGAUAUAGACAGAUAUAGAUAGGUCCCUGCUCCUGCCAACCUAGCAGUUCAAAAGCAUGUCAAAGUGCAAGUAAAUAAAUAGGUACCACUCCGGCGGGAAGGUAAAUGGCGUUUCCAUGCGCUGCUCUGGUUCGCUAGAAGCAGCUUAGUCAUGCUGGCCACAUGACCUGGAAGCUGUCUGCAGACAAACGGCAGCUCCCUUGGCCAGUAAAGCGAGAUGAGCGCUGCAACCCCAGAGUUGUCCUCGGCUGGACUUAACAGUCAGGGGUCCCUUUACUUUACCUAUGAACUAUUGUUCACUGGAGGUUGGCUAUGAUUCCUGUGUUGCAGGGAAUCAUAGCUAACUAGAACCUUCUAGCCCUACAGCUCUGUGAUUCUAUCAGUUCUAGCUUGGUCUGAAUGCAAGUGUCUGACCAUCUCUCUCCCUACAGACUUGCAGGGAGAGCUGAUUUGGCAGCCAGUGGGUGCCUUCUCCUCCAGAAAGAUACUGUAGACAUUGCCUGCUGAGUCCUGCAGAGGGUGCCAUCUCACAUGUGGCCAGUGCCACCUUGGAGGCUCCUUCAGUGGCUGUUUCUGCCACACUGUGCAUUGGUGGCCUUGAUAAUAUGCAUUUGUCUUUCCCUGGCAGGAUCUCUGCGGGCGCUCUAGCUGUGGCACUCUCGGCAUGGCGGACGUGGGCACUGUGUGUGACCCAGAACGCAGCUGCUCCAUCGUGGAGGACGAUGGGCUCCAGUCUGCUUUCACCGCAGCGCAUGAGCUUGGUAAGUGGGGACUGGCACCUUGCACUCAACCAGCCAUUUUGGGGGGCAUUCCUAUGGAUCCACCCCUGUCAAAAAGCCAGGUAGUCUAUUCCCAAGAAAGACAGAGGUUUGGAGUGCAAGCCUAGGCUUGUCUAGUCAGCAAUAUGAGUUUCAUGAAGGAUAAUGUAUCAAUGACUAUUAACCAUCAGGGCUAUGCUCUGCCUCGACUCUCGGAUGCAGAUUCUGUUCUUGAAUGGCCGAGUAAUUAAUGCAAAAUAUCCUGCAGCUUCACAAGUUUAUGGGGAGCUGGAGCUGAAUUUUUUUUCUUUUUCUUUUCUUUUCUUUUCUUUCUUUCUUUCUUUCUUUCUUUCUUUCUUUCUUUCUCUCUCUCUCUCUCUCUCUCUCUCUCUCUCUCUCUCUCUCUCUCUCUCUCUCCUUUCCCCCUUGUAUAGGCCAUGUCUUCAACAUGCUCCAUGACGAUGACAAGCACUGCAGAGAACUGAACCACCACUCAAACUCACGCCACAUGAUGGCCUCCAUCAUGUCCCCCGUGGACCCUGAAGAGAUGUGGUCCCCGUGCAGUGCCCGCUUCAUCACUGACUUCCUAGACAACGACCACGGUAAGACUUCGCAUUCCGAUCUGCACAUUCCUUGACUGUUCAGUUGGAUCUUUUUGGCCCCGGUGGUCGAGCUUCCUUCCUCACCAUCCUGGUCUCAUGUGACAACUUAAGCACCUAGGGAGAAGGGGGAGCAAUUCAAUUCAGUUUGCAUUGAAAGGAGAACCAAAACAAUGCACAGACGGAAAGCAGCCAUUUUUUGAAAUUCACACAUCUCUAAACAUUGUAAUGCUGUUGUCCGGCCAAUGUGCAAAGAAACAUAACAUGCAUAUGCAGUAAUGGUGAAUAGGGCAUACCAAAAUGCAUUUUUAUUAGGGAACAUUGCUUUGCAGAACUGUAUACUCAAAAUUGACAGAUCUGCCCACUCCUAGGCCUUGAAUUAACCAAUCUUCUGGUUCCCCCUUCCUCAUCCCUUUCCUUGCAGGUCGCUGCCUCUUAGACAAACCACGCGAACCCCUGCACCUCCCAGCUGCCUUCCCUGGCAGUGAUUACGACGUGGACCAGCAGUGCCAGCUGAGCUUUGGGCCCGACUCACGCCACUGCCCCAGCAUGCGUCCCCCUUGUUCCUCACUGUGGUGCACGGGGCAGAUCAACGGGCAAUACAUGUGCCAGACGAAAUACUUCCCCUGGGCCGAUGGGACACCUUGCGGCGAAGGCAAGAGUUGCAUGAGCGGCCAGUGCAUCAGCAAAGUCGACUUGAAGGCGUACAAUGUGAGUAGACCCACCAGCGGUAUCUCUGCGUUCCCAGGGUAGACAUAAAGGACACAGCGCUCCCUUUUUGAGCAGGGAAGGAUGCAUUGUACAGUAUUGAAUGCACUUGUUCUGUUAGCACAGGGAAUUGUGCUUGUGUAAUGGUGCUUUCCCUCUUCUCCUCCCCUGAAUGGACACCAUGCCCUCCCAAAUCUGCUCCUGAGGGGAGCAUCAGGACAGAUUUAAGGGGUGCACAGGAGGGGAGAAGAUCUGCUGCACAAGCACCAAUUCUUACGCUAGUAGAUUUAAUUGCUUGGCACUACACUGGAUACAAGCCUUGGAAACCCAAGAACACAAGAGGCACAUAAACUGAACUUAAGUUUAGAAAAAAGAGAAACAGAUACUGACAGAUUCACCUGUUCCUACCAUAGUGCUUGUGAAGUGCUUUGUACAUUUGUAAACACCGUGUGACUUAUCAAUUGUCUCACACAAAGCACUUUUUCACUCUCUCUUCCCUUUUCUCCUUUUUUGCAGAUUCCCACCCACGGUGGCUGGGGACGUUGGGGCCCGUGGGGCGACUGCUCCCGCAGCUGCGGAGGGGGAGUGCAGUACUCCACCCGCGAGUGCAACAAGCCUGUCCCACGCAAUGGUGGCAAGUACUGCGAGGGGAAACGCACCCAGUACCGCUCCUGCAACGUCCAGAAUUGCCCCGAUGGGAACGGUAAGAUCGUUUCUGCCGCUUUCAAACAGCGUUUCUUAGGUGGACCUGAUUGCCACAGCCUGCCCUGGUGCUUCCUUGCUUGUGUUUCUUACUGGCUGAAACCAUAGCUAGCCAACUGCCAGCGAGUGCAGGCAAUAGUGAGCAAGAGGGACCAAUUUUCUGACCCCACAUAAGGCAGCUUCCUAUGUUCCUGUGUGCUAACUGGGUUCAUUAUUCCAAGUGGCACACAGGGGUCUUGCUUAAUUGUUUAAUAUGGAAGAGAAAACGUGAGACGGAAGCAAUCAUCAAGAGGUUUAAUAUGAAUGUUGAUGCCCAUUUCACACCCAAAAUGCACCUGGGGCCAUUUUAUUCUUGUCACCCAGCCCUAGUUGCAGGUCUUAACCCCUGUGUGUUAAUUCCCCUCCAGCUCUGACCUACCGGGAACAGCAGUGUGCUGUCUACAAUCACCGCACUGACAUGUUUAAGGACUACCCUGCCCCCAUGGACUGGGUGCCCCGCUACAGCGGUGUGGCUGAGCGUGACCAGUGCAAGUUGACCUGCCAAUCCCAUGCCCUGGGCUACUACUAUGUCCUGGAACCGAAGGUAAGUGUUACCAUGGCAACGUGGGCCUCCCGUCCCUCAGGAGACCCUGAGGUUAUUUUACACUUAAGAGAACAAGCUUUCGGAAACAAAAUGCAAAGCAAUGGACAGCUAUCUGAGAGUGUGUAGGCGGGAGAUGGGGAAUCUGGAAGGUGUUGUGGGGAAGGAAGUAGAGGACCGAAGAGGAAGUGAUUUUCCCAUAAGCCCUUGGGGCAGUAAACUGACUCUUGCUUGGUUCUAGGUGGCUGAUGGAACACCCUGCUCCCCUGACUCCACCUCAGUCUGUGUCCAGGGGCGCUGCGUCCACGCUGGUUGCGAUCGUGUCAUCGGCUCGAAGAAGAAGUUUGACAAAUGCAUGGCGUGCGGAGGGGACAACUCUGGAUGCACUAAGAUCUAUGGUUCUUUCACCAACCCUCAGUGAGUGACAUUUCUUUUGCAGGCGCUGCUUUGUGUGGCGCUAAGACAUUGGGAAUGCACAAUGUGUUUCCCUCCUUCCCAACCCCAAGUAUUUCUUUACAGAUAGUUGAGACCUUGCUGAUGCCAUUACUUCAACAGUUAAAUAUAGGCCUAUGCCAAAAGUAUCCAUAGAAACCCUAAUUCAAGAGCCCAGGUAUAAAUGAUGAAUAGUUCUUGCAUUUAUGAAUUUCAGGUUGUAUCCAAGAGUAUUCCUACUUGGAGCAGAUCCAUUGAAAUGAAUGGAGUUGCCUCUGGGCUUUGAGUAUAACUUAGAUGGAUACAAACAGUGCUUUUUUUCUGGGGAGGAUGCAGGGGUACGCAUAGCCCUAAACAUUUUGUGAAUCUUUGUACUAUUGUCCAUUUACUGUAUUUAUUUUCCCGAUUUGAACUAUAAAAUGGUUAUUUUCUUGAGUCAAAAUGAGAGUACCCCUAAAUAUUUUUUAAAGAAAAAAAGCACUGGAUACAAAUACAUAUAUAUUCAUACUUACAUAAUUUGCUCCAAUUAUAAAACCACCCUGUUCCCAUUCCUAACAAAAUGUGUAAGAACUUUCAUGCAUUUUGAAGGGAAAGCUAUAAAGUGGCAUCCCCUGCAUGCAAGUAAGUACAUAAAUUAUUUCCAACAGAACAGGGCGAUUUUUAAGAGCCCCUGAUUCCUGGAAGACCAUGGACUGCUGUCUGCAAGGAAUCAUGUCCAUGCGUACACUGCUCCUGUAUGACUGGGAUUAAGCAGUGUACAAAGUGUUGAAACAAAUAAAUAAUGUGGAAAGGGUGGGACCUCUCACUCCAAUCCCAUCCAGCCCUAAAUCCCAUCCAGCCCUAAGACCUGGUCUUUCUCGGACCAAGAGAUUGGCUCCUAUUCCCAGCUUCCUAGGACCACAUUCACACCAUUCAUUUAAAGCCAUAGCACAGCACCUUAAGCAGUCAUGGCAUCCCCCAAAGAACCCCGGGAGAUGUAGUCUGUCACGUAUGCUGAGAGUCACCAGGAGCCCCUUAUUCCCCUUGCAGAUCAACAAUUCCCAGAGUUCCCUGAGAACCACUCAGAAAAUUUGGGUGCUCGGCCACACUUGUCCCAUGCCAAGAAAGCAUGGCUCUGAGCAGUUUUCCACCGCUUUCCUCUGGAAAACUUGUUCUUCUGCGCGAAAUCAGAACAGCAAUCUGCAGAAAAACUGGAUUGCCCUUUGUUCUGAUUCAGCGCUAAAAUGCAAGUUUUCCCGGGGAGGAAAGUGGCAAGGAAAACAGGAGUGUGAAUGAGCCCUGAGUCUUGUGGAGACCUGGCCACCCUGCUCCUCAGAGGCAGGCCUUUUUCCACUCUCCAUCCCAGCUGAUCCCUGAUCUUUCUCGUCCUCCCGCCCAAUCAGGUACGGUUACAACGACGUGGUCACCAUCCCGGCGGGAGCCACCAACAUCCUGAUCCGCCAGAGCAGCGGCCCAUCGUCCUCCAGCGACGGAAUCUACCUGGCUCUCCGCCGGCGGGACGGCACUUACGCCCUCAACGGCAACUACAUCCUGGCACCUUCCGAGCAGGACGUCCACCUGCCAGGCGGGGUGAACAUGCGCUACAGCGGGGCCACCAAGGCCAUGGAGACGAUCGUGGGGCGCGGGCCCCUGAAAGAACCGCUCACCUUGCAAGCCUUGGUGGUGACCGACCAGAAGACCCCGCGCCUCAAGUACACCUUCUUCGUCCCCAAGGCUCCAAAGAGGUUGUCGAGCCAGUGGCUGAAGCAGAAGGCUCGCAUCUUGGAGGUCCUAAGGAACCGGCGAGGCCGCAAAUAGACAUGUGCACCUCUUGGGGAGAGGUGGUUCCUGGCCAGGCCUCCCGACUUGCUCUGGCCCCUGCAACCCACAACGGAGGCAGGCGUCUGCGUGGGGAGGGGGCUCAUAAGGCACAUCUUCUUAAUGUCGCUUUCCUGAAGAUGACCAAACUGCACCAAAGCUUACCCGCUGACCUCACAAACAAGAGACCCUAAGCAGCAAAAGCUGGUGCUAGGUUUGCUUAAUGGCUCAGGGACCUUCCAGGACCUUCUGCCGCAUGUUGUGGACUCUCUUUCUUGGCUCUGCCUGGACAUUUGAAGACUCAGGACACAAACCAAGUUGUGGGGGAAAGGGGAAAGCACCCAGAGGCUUAUGGCCUUGUAUGCCUGAAAAGGCUUGACCUCAAGUGUGGGGUUGUCAAGCCAAGCCGUUUCCUCCUCCCUGCGAGGGAUCUGAUAAGUUAUAGGGCGAUGGUCAGCCAGGCUUCAAAAUGGAAUCCAGGGUGGGGAGGAGGUGGUGAAAAAAAGCCCCUUGCUGUUUUUUUGUGGUUUAUUCGGGGAUGGGGUGGAAUGAGCGACAGGGAGAAGUUGACCUGACUGAAGAGAACAGGCAUCAAUUCUGCAAAAACAACAUCUGGCUUAGCCUAGGCCGUCAACAGGCCUAUUCUCCAUUGUGCUUGUUCCCUCAGUUUUUUUAUUCUGUCCGCUCGUGUACUGUAUUUAUUAUCCUUUUUAUUUAUUCACUACUCUGGAUGCAUAAAGAGUAUUAAUUGUGGGGAGGGUUUAUAUAUAUAUAUAUUUGUUGUUGCUGCUGGGUUUUUUGGGUUUUUUAAAAGCAGAACAAAGGAGGCAGCAAUGUUCCUCAGCCUCACCAAAACUUGGCAAGUUUACACCACACGUUUUUUCUGGGGGAGCCAGAAAAUGUGCUCGAAUCAGCGGUGUCUACCUCAGCCUCUUAGCGCCUCCUCCUUCCCCCACUCUCUGCUCUCAAAUGGGCUUUUUUUUUGGCCCACCCCACAGCUGUCUCUGGCUUUGGACAGACUCUUCUGCCAGGACAGGCGAGCCUCUCUUAUUUUUUUGGCAGCACGUGCCUUUCUCCUUUUUCUUGCGGCAAUGACAAGGCACCAGAGAAAUUACAGGCCUUGGUUUGGGGGAAAAGCCGUCCUGAAGUGGUCAGGCUUUGGGGCUUUUCCCUCAUAGUAGGCCGACCUCAGUUAGACCUCUCUUCUUCCAUGCCGAGGGAGGGGCGAAGGGACCAGGCCUUUGUGUCUCUCACUGUUGUGGCCUGCAGAAGAGGCCACUCAAAGGAUUUCCUCCCCUCAGCCCAGAAAAUAAUGUUGUGUCUGGGCUGGUUCCCAAUUAUCACAGGUUGCGAGGGGAGCUGACGGCCCUAACAUUAUGGGCUAGGAGGCACUGCCGAGUGAGUGGCAAGGGAAUAAGCAGCAGCUUAGCAUGAGGAGGCCAUUAAAAGGGAAUUAUUUUUCCCAACCUGAAAAGUGAGGGAAAGCAGGUGAUUUCAUUGAGGUGGCAGGGAGAGAGGUGGUCGCAUCCAAUGCCUGUCACAGAGCAAACCCAAUGGAAACAAUGGUUUGGACUACCUUAGGUCCACGAAUUUCAGUGGGGCUACUCUGAGUAAAAGUCAGUUGGCUAUCAUCCCUAGACGCUGACGUUCAAGUCUUCUAAAAUGAGAGCAGAGGUUAGUGGUUGCGGCAGUGAAGUAGGGCGAAGGUGGGAAACAAUGGGACUCCACCAGCUCUGAGAGCGAAAGGAUGCCAAGCCAGGGUCUUCUCAUUGUCUGUCCCCUCCCUGAGUAGUAGAAGCACAUGGGCCAAGAGGCAGCAAAAGGGAAGAAGAAACUCAUUCUGCACAUUGCCGUGCCAGAAGCACCAGCCCUUACAACAGGGGUAGGGAACAUUGGGCCCUCCAGAUGCUGUUGAACUGCAAUUCCCAUCAUCUCUGGCCAUUGGCCAUGCUUGCUGGGGCUGAUGGGAGUUGUAGUUGAGCAACAUGAGCUAUGCCCAUAACGAGGCUGAUACACACUAAGUUUCCCCCUGGAGGGGGUGAAUUAUAUUUAAAACCUCUGUAGAACCAGAGGGAAUCCCCCCAAACAACUCCCCAGUUUUGUCAGUGAUAGCCCUUUCCCUCAACCACAGGGACUCUGAUAGUUAAUAAUUUAAUUAAAUUAUAAAUCAAGGAGGAUAGCAGCAAAAGCCUUAACUGGCCCCGGGGCAAGUCCCCGGGGGUCAUGAGGUUGGGUUUUAUAUUCGUUUUGUAUAGAACAGUGUGUUUGAUCUUAAUAACUAUUGUUGGGGAUCUGGGGUUAUUUUUUCCGUUUUGAAAUAAUAAAAACUCCGCCAGGUUAUUUAAUGCUAUUUAUAAAC